AUGACGAUCGACUCAGCAAGGCAAACCACGUCAGAGGUCGAGGCCGCUUUCCUGCGUUGGUUCCGCCAGUCGGGCGGUGCCUUGGACCCUCGGUGCUGCAUCCAGCCCAUCCAAGGCAUGGGAAGGGGCAUGGUCGCCAAAGAAUCCAUCAAAGCAGGAGAGACUAUCUUUGUGAUUCCUCGACAUAUCCUGCUCAAUUUGGCAACCUCGACACUAGCACAAAGAUGCAUUGAGGCUGAGGGCUCACUGCCUUCCACGUCUCGUGCCGGCAGCUCUUAUGCAUACUCGUGGAAGCAGAUCAGCACCAUGGGAUGGCUACCGCUCAUUCUCGUCAUGAUGUACGAGCGCAGAAGAGCCGCCAGACUGUCUCAAUCCGCAGACAAUGCGCCACAAGAUGGAGAUGUGUCAAUGGAAAACAUCGAAGCAGCCUCGUCGACUGGCGUUGAAAUGCUCGAAGGCACGGACGCGGAAGGCUCGACGUAUCGCGAAGCACCUCGACCGUUUGGAGAGCAGACAUGGGGACCGUACCUCGACAUUAUGCCUACGGAAUUCAGCACACCGAUGUUCUGGCUGGACAAUGAUCUGCAGCAUCUGUCGGGCACUUCCAUCGCAGACAAGAUCGCAAGAGACGAAGCAGAGGCAGAUUAUCACAACAAGGCGGUUCCUUUCAUUCUCUCACUUCCUUCCGUGUUCCUGGACGGGGCGGCGGAGGAUCAGCGUCAAGAAGAGCUGCAGCAAUGGUACUCGCUCGACACAUAUCACAUUAUGGGCUCGAGAAUCUUGAGUCGCAGUUUCCAUGUCAAGAGCCGCAAGAAGGGUCUAGAGGGAAAGACGGUCGACAUGGACGAUCUCGAUGGAGAGGACGAGGAUGAGGACGAGGACGAGGAAGCAGAAGUGCUGGAAGACGAAGGAGAGGCAGGCAUUAUUGAGGCGGAUGAAACGAACGAAGCAGGCGAAAGUGAUCAGGGAGAAGAUGAUGACGACGAAGAUGGUGACGACGACGACGAUGAUGAUGAUGAUGAUAGUGAAGAAGAAGAGCAGGAGAACGUGAUCGACAUCUCCAUGACUCCUAUGGCCGAUAUGCUCAACGCCCGCUUCGAAUCGGACAACGCUCGUCUGUUCUACAAAUCACACGUGCUCGAAAUGCGUGCCACCAAGGCUAUUACGGCAGGCGAACAAAUCUUCAACACGUACGCUGAUCCGCCGAACAGUGACCUCCUCCGCCGAUACGGCCAUGUCGACGAACCGAAUGGCAGCGACGUCGUCGAACUAGACGCCAACUUUGUCCUCCAAGCUGCGGUGACACACCUAUCCGCGCUGCUAGCUUCGAGCGCAGGAGAACUACGCAAGGAUCUGGAAGAGCGUCUCGAAUGGGCCUGCUCCUCGCUAGGCAUCGAUGAAGUCUUCAUCCUCAACUACCUCUUCACUCCGGCCAAAAAGGCACCUCAUCGUGCACAGCCGGAACGUCCGUCGCCGAAAGAACUCAAGUCUGCGGCCACUGGCGGUGGCGUCUCGGAAGAGAUGAUUGCUCUCACUCGCGUGCUUUGCCAGACUCGCGAGGCGUUCGAAAAGGCUAAAGCGAAGGGGAAGGGACCGAGCGCGCGCAUCGAAGCGCAAGAGGAGCAUGUCCUGGCAGGCAGCGGCAAGAAGGUGCGUGUCGCCGCAAGCCAGAUCAUGAUGGAAGCGAUCGACUUGAAACUCAACGAGUAUCCGAACGGAGCGAGCGUGGAGCAGGAGGAGGCCAACUUGUAUGGCUCAAGCAAGAGUGAAGUGGUUGGAGACAACGCAAGACGUGCGCUGGUAGUGCGACUCGGCGAAAAGAGGGUGCUGCUGGAUCAGAAGCGCGUGCUCAGGUAUGUAGUUGACAGGAUUCACGAAGCGGAAAAGGAGGCAGCCAAGAGCAAGGGCAGCAAGCAAGAGGGAGGCAAGAGGAAAGGAGACGGCACUGGUGCCAAGAGCGGCAAAUCGAAUGGCAACGACGACAAAAAGAAGCAGCGCCGUUGA